AUUGUUAUAAAAAAAAAUUGUUACAGUUGCGGAUUUUUUGGAAAGAGGAAGAGAGAUGGCAGCGGCGUAUGUUUAGCGUGUCCGGAAAAUGUUUACAGUUAGCCCGCCCCUUGCGUAAUUGAGCCCGUGUUGGUGUUGGUGGCCGUGUCCCGUACUCCGCCCCCGUGCAAAUCUCGCCGCUCCGGUCGGAUUCAACUCGAUUUCGAUUCGAUUCCGAGAUUAUUGCUACGUAAUUGACGUUCAGCGUUAUCUCGACGCCGCCCCCAAUUCACGCCCACCGCAUCGACAGAAGCUAGAGCCCCAGAAUCGUCCAGCAUUAUCUUCGAUCCCGCAUUAACUUCAGGAAUUGAUAAAUAUAACCGUUUGUACGUGUGUGUGUGUUUGUAUGUGUAAUGUGCUAAACAGUCCGGCAAAAGCAAAUUCACGGAUCGAAAUAAGCGCGCCAAUUGACGACUGACUGAUCGCCGGAUAUAUAAUGAUUGUGGCAGAUCGUGCUGGGCAGUAAACCGAAACGAGAGUCAGAGUCAUCAGCAUUAGUCCUAGGAGUAGUGGAAGACAAAGUAGUAGCAAGUAGUAGAGCCUCAAAAUGGCUCGUCACAUAAUGGCCGUUUGCGUGGUGUGCCUACUCUGUGCACACCGCCUGCACUGCCAGGAUCACAUCGAGAGUCUACUCGGCCCGGCGCUGGUAAUGACCCACAGCCAGGAGCAGCUCAACGCCCGCGUCUAUACGAACCUGAGUCCCUCCAGUGAAACCACCGAUCGGCGACAGCAGCGAUCCGCUUCUGGCGACGACGACACCCCCAACUACAGCACCAGCCCGCCAUCGAGAAGACAAAAGCGCCAUGCCGACCACGGCCACAGCCACAGCAUCGAGUCCCGUGUCCCGCAGAUCACCCAGUACUAUCUCGAGAAGCUGAUGGUCCAGAACGAGCUGAUGAACAGCAGCGGAUUCGAUGGCCUGCUCCAGCAGCUCAGCCUCCACUCGUUGGCCAGUGGGGCAAGUGAAGGAACUUGCGUGCCCACCAGUCUCCUAGUGCAUCAUGUCCAGCCCCACAAUUAUCACCACGACCAUGACGAGGAUGAGGAGCAUAGUAAUCUGCAGCUGAGCAACUGCACGCUCAGCCAGAAUGGCACCAACUCCAGCGUGGUUUGCGCACCCCAGCUCAUUAGUCACAGCGAGGAUUCCCAGAACUUUACGCUAAGUGAAAAGGACUUACUACAUCUAUGUCCGAUUCUGCUGUACGAGCUGAAAGCUCAAAGUGGCGGCUGCAUAGAGCCGGCAAUCCUGUCCGACAUCGACAGCACGGAAAAGCUGCUGGAAGAGGAGAAGGACAAGGAUAUAUUCUAUGUGUGGGUCUACGCCUUCAUUUCUGUGUUUGCCUGCGGUAUCCUUGGUCUGGUGGGAGUAGCCAUCAUACCGUUCAUGAACUCGCGGUAUUACAAAUACAUCAUCCAGUAUCUGGUGUCGCUGGCCGUUGGAACGAUGACCGGCGAUGCCCUGCUGCACUUGCUGCCUCAUUCUCUGGCAGGGCAGGACGAAAGGGGCAUGAUCAUGAAGGGGCUGGGCUGCCUGGGUGGCAUCAUCUUCUUUUACGUGACCGAGCAUGCGCUGACCAUGAUCUCCGAGUGGCGCAAGAGCGUGGAGAAGAAGGAGACGAAGAAACCGUCGCGGGCGAAGGUGAUGCGGGAUCCGGAUUCGUCGGUGAACAACUCUGUGGCCGGCGACAAGAUCUGCAAGCAGAAGUACAGCUCGUAUCCGUAUUGCUACGAUGAGAUCACCAUGAACAACAAGCAGAGCGAGUGGAUGCACCUGCCCGGCGAUGGAGUGAACUCGGCGGCGGGCGCUGGUGGGGAUGCUGCUUCCGCCUCGGAGAUACGCAACGGUGUGGGCGAUCAUGAUGGCUCCAGCGACAUGGCCGCCGCUGCCGAGUCCCUGCUGUCAACGCUGCACACGAACUGUGUGGAGAUGAAUCACCAUAAUCAUCAUAAUCACAACCACAAGCACAACAGCCACCAGCAGAGUCAUGAGGGCCAGGACAACAACACCAUUGUGACCGAUCUGGACGGCAAUGCGGUGUAUGCCUCGAACAGUGCGAAGGAUAAGGACGUCCGGAACGAUCAUGUGACUGUGAUCCUGCGGGAGCACGAGUCCUCGCAUCACGGUCACAGUCAUCGCCACGGACACGUCCAUUCGCCGCCGGAAACGCUGAGCGCCGUGGCCUGGAUGAUCAUUAUGGGCGACGGACUGCACAAUUUCACGGAUGGCAUGGCCAUCGGUGCAGCCUUUGCGGAGAAUAUUGCCGGCGGUUUCUCCACCUCGCUGGCCGUCUUCUGCCACGAAUUGCCGCACGAGCUCGGGGACUUUGCCAUCCUGAUGAAGGCGGGCAUGUCGGUGAAGUCGGCCGUCUACUACAACCUGUUGACGGGAGUCCUGAGUUUCAUCGGCAUGAUCUUCGGCAUUGCCUUUGGCCAGUCGCAGGAUAUGGCCCAGUGGAUGUUUGCAGUGGCGGCGGGUCUGUUUAUCUACAUUGCCCUGGUCGAUAUGAUGCCCGAGAUAUCGGCCUCGCACAAAUCACUGGGCCAGUUCCUGCUGCAGAUACUCGGCAUGCUGAGCGGAGUGGGGAUAAUGCUAGUGAUUGCCCUUUACGAGGGCGAUCUAAUGAGCGUGUUUGGCACGGCGGGGGCCACAUCUCAUAAGCGUGUGCAUUAAUCACAUAACUGAAAUUGUAACCAACCGCAGCGAAUCUUGUAGCGUAUUAUGUGAAUUGCAGCGAAUCUUGUGUAUUGACUGCAUUUUUCCGCCAGGCCAAUAGGACCUCUUGAAUUAUUAUUUUUUGUAUAAUUUGAUUAGAUUGUUGUUUACCUUAGUCCACAGAGUUACACAAAGAGAACACCAACACCACAGACACAGCCGGUUGGCGCUUAUCAAACGCAUUUGUUAUCCAGUUUAUGAAACACACAAGCCACACACCCACACAAGAGACGCGAUUCAGCAAACUUGUUUUAUUUUCGUUCCUAAUUUUGCUUUUGAACUGCGUUCGAAUCGAUUUCACACCCGAUUAAAUGUAAGAUGUCUUGAAAUUGCCUAGGUUAUAAAGUGAUCUUGAAUUUAGAAGAAACCAAUUGAAAGAAGAAAGCUCUAAAGCGAGAGAAGCAAAUAACAGAAAACGGAUUGGAUCUGGAUCCCGAAAUCCUCUGAUAACUGAUCUUAUACACUGAAAAAGAACAUAACAAUUACGAUAUAUAUAUAUUCUAGAAUAUGUAUACAUACAUAUAGUUUUUGUAUUUUGUAGUCUAGGGUGCGCACGUUUACUUUAUGCGAGUUUAACAUUCUAAACCCAGAAUUAAGAGAUGUCCACUGUUAUGAUUUCUGACAGUACUUAACGACUUGAUCGCCUAUAAUUUCCACUUUAGGAAACACACAAAACCCAUUUAAGCAUAAUUUAUUAUCGUAUUUGUAAUAAAUUGAAAAGAUUAUUAAAUUGCACGCUCAUGCAUAAUUUACACUUCCGCUACCCCGUAGCGCCUUUGUUUAAUUAUGAUUUUGUAAUAAACCAAGAAAAAAACCACCCA